GUCAUUGUGUGGGAAGGACUGCCAUUCUUUGCAGGAGGAGGGUGGGCGCUCGCCUGCCGAGGCAAGGAGGAACUUUACAAGUCGUCCAGUUGGCAAGCUGACCAAGUUGUCUUCGGAAACUUGAAGCCUCAAAACAAAACCACAAUGACUUCGACGAACAUGUUCCAAGGGUUGGAUACUGGCUCAAAACCGAGCUCAAGGGUGCUUCGGCCUCCCGGUGGUGGCUCCAGUAACCUGUUUGGCGGUUAUGAAGAAGAAUCCCCACAACCUAGAAGACCAAAUAAGAUGUCUUCUAAUGUAUUUGCUUCACCAGAGGAAUCCCAGGCUAUUCCCAAACGCUCCAACCCUCCCGGUGGGAAGAGCAGUGGAAUAUUUGGGGAACCUGAAUCUCCGGUCCAACCGCAGCGACCCGCACCUCCAGGUGGACCGACCAGCAACAUAUUUGGGUCCGGGGGCAAUGCUGUUCUCCAAAGCCCAAGCAGAAGUCACCCAAAUAAGCCAAAGGACAAUCUAACUGUAGGACCUGAACCUGAAUCACCAGCACCUGUGGUCGAGGUCAGCCAGCCCGAGGUCAAAGAGCUAUCGGUCUCACCAGCCGUUGUGCCUGCUAGGGAGGAGCCUGCUGCUGUUGCUGCUGCUGCUCCUCCUCCAGCCCCCCCAGAGCCCACCUCCUCCUCCUCCUCCUCCUCCCCAUCUCCUAAUGAUGAGACUUUGCUGAAGAACCACGAGCCUCACCUGGGACCUAAGCCUCGCUCUCACAACAGGGUCCUUAACCCCCCCGGAGGAAAGUCUAGUGUGGUAUUCUACUGAUCCACGGAACACCCCCCCCCCGUCCCAGUGUGUGUCUGUACACUUUUUGUCUGCUUCCCCAUGCAUCUUCUCUCAUUCCGACCCCACCCCCCCAUCCUCCUCCCUGCACUGUCACAUGGUUGUCUCGCACGUACAUGAAAUGAUCAGGUUUUGUUUCUGAAGCCCAAUACAGACUGAUCGGUGGUCCUCGACUUGUUGCACUUUCCACCCGACUUCCAGCCCCUCAGCUCUUUCCCCAGUCCUCCUUAAAAAUGCAUUAUACAAUCACACAAUCAGUCCCGCUGUGGAACGGUUCCAUCUCAAUACUGUUGUUCCAAAAAGACAUCUUUAGGCCUCAAGUUUUCACCUUGUUUUUCUUCUUGGCUUUCUCCAAACAUCAGUAAGAGAACUUGUCAUCCAUGUUCUCUUUUGCCUCGCUGUCCCUGUCAUCCCAACAUGUGCCUGACACAAACACUUGGUCAGAACUAACUCUUCACAGAACCAAAAAACUUAACGUUGAGCGACUCAAUUGAGGCGCCGACUCAAAUGUUUCUGCUUCCCCUGACAAAUCUUUUACGUGAAUGUGUUUUUCUGCUUUGCCCUCAUUGCUGGCUUGAUCUGCCUUUUUGUUCGCUUCCCCCCUCGGGGUUGGCCUCUCUUUAUGUUUUAAAUUAAAACAGUUGGAGACAGGGAACUCUGGCCAAGCUUGUGGCCCACCUGAGUCCAGGUGAGCUAUUUAGGUAUCACCUCUCCACCUCCCCACUUGAUGCACAUUCAAGGUAUUCUGGCACCAGCCUGUCCCCUUCUGUAUUGAUGUGCCUGGCAGCAAUGAGCGCAGCGGAAUUCAAUCCUGUGUAUCGCAAUAAAAUGUUUUUGCAGUUGGA